UUCAACUACACAUCGCAUUUCUGUACUCUCCUCCAUCUCUCUCUUCCUCUUCCUCUUUCAGCUCCGGUUGCGUUCGUGGGGCACGGUAAGAUGCAGGCCAUGGCGAGGCGCGUAGUGCACCAAUCGCUCAAACCCUCAACUUCGCUCAAGUCAAUUUACCCAAUUUCCGAUCACCAUUAUGGAGCGGAUCAUGAACGUUUCGUGUCCACCAUCGCUACCAAGGGCGUGGGUCACCUCGUCCGCAAGGGUACUGGUGGACGAUCAUCUGUCAGUGGCAUUGUUGCUACAGUAUUUGGGGCGACUGGAUUCCUUGGUCGUUAUGUUGUCCAACAUCUUGCUAAAAUGGGAUCUCAAGUCCUAGUUCCUUUCCGAGGUUCUGAAGAUUGUCACCGUCAUCUCAAACUGAUGGGGGAUUUAGGACAGGUUGUACCCAUGAAAUACAAUCCAAGAGAUGAAAGUUCGGUAAAAGCUGUGAUGGCUAAGGCCAAUGUUGUUAUCAAUCUUAUUGGAAGGGAUUUUGAGACAAGAAACUACAGCUAUGAGCAAGUGCAUUAUCAUAUGGCUGACCAACUUGCUAGGAUUUCCAAAGAGCAUGGUGGUAUCAUGAGAUUUAUUCAAGUUUCUUGUUUAGGUGCAUCUCCUUCCUCUCCUUCCAGGAUGCUAAGAGCUAAAGCAGCGGCAGAGGAAGCAAUUUUAAGGGAAUUACCCGAGGCCACAAUCUUGAAACCUGCUACAAUGAUUGGUACAGAGGAUCGGAUUUUAAACCGAUGGGCUCAUUUUGCCAAAAAGUAUAGCUUUCUUCCAUUGUUUGGGGAUGGCAGCACAAAAAUCCAGCCUGUAUAUGUUGUUGAUGUCGCCAAUGCACUUACUGCAGCCUUGAAGGAUGAUGGCACUAGCAUGGGAAAGGUUUAUGAAUUGGGGGGUCCUGAGGUCUAUACUAUGCAUGAAUUGGCAGAGCUUAUGUAUGAGGUCAUUCGAGAAUGGCCUCGAUAUGUGAAGGUUCCUUUUCCCAUUGCUAAGGCAUUGGCAUCACCGAGAGAAUUAUUAAUUAAUAAGCUCCCCUUUCCACUCCCCACUCCUAACAUAUUCAAUCUGGAUCAGAUCCGUGCUUUGACUACAGAUACUGUUGUUUCAGAAAAUGCAUUGACUUUCAAUGAUCUUGGAAUUAAUCCUCAGAAGCUGAAGGGAUACCCUACUGAGUUUCUUAUUUCAUAUAGGAAAGGGGGCCCACAAUUUGGUUCUACAAUCAGUGAACGGGUCUCUCCAGAUGCUUGGCCGUGAUAAUUUUUGGAUGCUUGGUCCUGAAUAAUUUUUCUGUCUUGCUUGUACUACCACCAUUUCAUUUCACUAUCAAAAAAAGAUGUGAAAAUCUUUAACUUUUGUAUCUUCCUUUCAUAAUGUAGAGUACGUGAUCAUGUACGAUGACGACGAUAAUAAAAUCCAGAUACUUCAUUCCUGAAAGUAAACGCCUUUGAAUCAAAUUCAAAGUCUUAUUUCUAA